UCAUAAUGAAUCAGAUUACAGGGAGAGGAGGACCUGAUCCUAGAUCAGCACUCCUCUUCUGGGGCACUGCUUGUAUAAAACCGAACACAUAGUUGUAAAGUCUAGUUACAGUAGGUGUUUACUUCCAUCUACUGGAAGAUACUAAUAAAACACUUUAUUAUCAGGGUGGGGAGACGGCUGGGCUGAAACAGAAAGUCAAGUUGUUCUUUUGGAAAGAAUCCAUUUUGAGACGACAGAGCAGAAAACACUACACGGAGAGAACUGAAAAAUAAAGGGUCAGUGCUCUAAAAUGAGUCUCUCUGGGGAGAGAGAGGAAGGGGGUCCUGCCUCUAAAAGGAGUCUCUCUGGGGAGAGAGAGGAGGGGGGCCCUGCCUCUAAAAUGAGUCUCUCUGGGGAGAGAGAGGAGGGGGGCCCUGCCUCUAAAAUGAGUCUCUCUGGGCAACAUGACCCCAAAGCUAAGAGUCCAAUCAAGCAGGAGAGACCAGCCUCCCCUGUUCCCAGCUGUGUGUCCAUGAAGAGUGACAAGUCUAUGGAACAUCCUAUAAACUUUAGAGAGGGAGACUUUUCUACUGAACAAAGAAACCAACAGGAGAGAUCAGAGUCAGAGAUUCUCAGUGGUCAGUCUUCCCAGAGUCAUCAAACAGACCUGGCCUCCAUAUUCAGUAUGCUUGAAGAGAAAAUUAUGACAUUUGUGAAGAACGAGCUGAAGAUGUUCAAGAGGAUUCUUAGUCCAGAACUCCCAGAAGGCUUUGAGAGUCAGAAGCAGGAUAAGGAAGUGGUGGAUGCUGAAGAUGAGAAGCAAGAGAGCAGUGCCAGAGAGGGGGCUCUGAAGAUCACACUGCACGUCCUGAGGAAAAUGAACCAGAAGGAGCUUGCUGACACACUGGAGAAAUAUUCAGAUGAGCUUGCUGUGAUUUGCCAACGUGAACUCAAAUCUAAUCUAAAGAAGAAGUUUCAAUGUGUAUUUGAGGGGAUCGCUAAACAAGGAAACCCAACACUUCUCAAUAAGAUCUACACAGAGCUCUAUAUCACAGAGGGUGGAACAGGAGAGGUCAAUAAUGAACAUGAGCUGAGACAGAUUGAGACAACAACCAGGAAACAAGCAAGACCAGAGACUGCAAUCAAAUGUAACGACAUCUUCAAACCCUUAACUGGACAAGACAAACGUAUCAGAACUGUGCUGACAAAGGGAGUCGCUGGCAUUGGAAAAACAGUCUCUGUGCAGAAGUUCAUUCUGAACUGGGCUGAUGGAAAAGCAAAUCAGGAUGUCCAAUUUGUAUUUUCAUUCCCUUUCCGGGAGCUGAAUUUGAUGAAAGAGGACAAACACACUUUCAUUGAACUUCUCAAUCACUUCUCAAUGGAAACCAAACAAUCAGGAAUCUCCAUCUACAACAAGUACAAAGUUCUGUUCAUCUUUGAUGGUCUGGAUGAGUGCCGACUGCCCCUAGACUUCCAGAAGAACAAGAUCUGUUGGGACGUCACAGAGUCAACCUCAGUGGAUGUUCUGCUGACAAAUCUCAUCAAGGGAAAUCUGCUUCCCUCUGCUCUCCUCUGGAUAACUACCCGACCUGCAGCAGCCAAUAAGAUCCCUUCAGGGUGUGUUGACCAGGUGACAGAGGUACGAGGGUUCAAUGACCCACAGAAGGAGGAGUACUUCAGGAAGAGAUUCAGUGAUGAGGACCUGGCCAGCAGAAUCAUCUCACACAUAAAGACAUCAAGGAGCCUCCACAUCAUGUGCCACAUUCCAGUCUUCUGUUGGAUUUCUGCAACAGUCCUUGAACACAUGCUGGAACAUAAGAGAGAAGAGAUGCCCAAGACUCUGACUGAGAUGUACACACACCUUGUGGUGUUUCAUACCAAACAGAAGAAUGAAAAGUAUCUUGGGAAAGAAGAGACAGGUCCACACUGGAAUAAAGAGACCAUUCUGUCACUGGGAAAACUGGCUUUUCAACAGCUUGUGAAGGGCAAUCUGAUUUUCUAUGAAGAAGACCUGAAAGAGGCUGGCAUUGAUGUCAGUGAAGCCUCAGUGUACUCAGGAUUGUGCACACAGCUCUUUAAAGAGGAAUGUGUGCUGUACCAGGACAAGGUAUACUGCUUUGUUCAUCUGAGCAUUCAGGAGUUUCUGGCUGCUGUAUAUGUGUUCCUCUCAUUCAUCAACAACAAUGAGAAUCUAAUGGAUGAUCCUCAAACAAUGUUCAGAUACUUUUUGUCGCUUUUCAGAAACACGGUUGAAGUUACUGAAGUUACUUUCUACAAGAGUGCUGUGGAUAAAGCCUUACAAUGUGAGACGGGAAACCUGGACCUGUUCCUCCGCUUCCUUCUGGGCCUCUCACUGGAGUCCAAUCAGAAGCACUUACGAGGUCUACUGACAAAGACAAGAAGCAGCUCACAGAGCCAUGAAGAAACAGUCAAGUACAUCAAGGAGAAGAUCAGGGAGAAUCCCUCUCCAGAGAGGAGCAUCAAUCUGUUCCACUGUCUGAAUGAACUGAAUGACCAUUCUCUAGUGGAGGAGAUCCAAAGAUACCUGAGAUCAGGAAGUCUCUCAAAACCCAAACUGUCACCUGCACAGUGGUCAGCUCUGGUCUUUGUGUUGCUGACUUCAGAAAAGGAGCUGGAUGUGUUUGACCUGACGAAAUACUCCAGAUCAGAGGAAGGUCUUCUGAGGCUGCUGCCAGUGGUCAAAGCCUCCAGAGCUGUUCUGUUGUCAGGCUGUGGAGUCACAGAGGAAGGCUGUGCUUCUCUGGUCUCAGCUCUGAAGUCAAACCCCUCACACCUGAGAGAGCUGGAUCUGAGUAACAAUGACCUGAAGGAUUCAGGAGUGAAGCUGCUCUCUGCUGGACUGGGGAAUCCCCACUGUAAACUGGAGACUCUGAGGCUGUCAGGGUGUCUAGUCACAGAGGAAGGCUGUGCUUCUCUGGUCUCAGCUCUGAGGUCAAACCCCUCACACCUGAGAGAGCUGGACCUGAGCUACAAUCACCCAGGAGACUCAGGAGUCAGACUGCUCUCUGCUGGACUGGAGGAUCCACACUGCAGACUGGAGAAACUCAAUAUGGAACAUGGUGGAGACAACAGAAUGAAACCUGGGCUUAGAAAAUAUGCCUGUGAUCUCACACUGGACCCAAACACAGUAUUCAGACUCCUCUCUCUGUCUGAGGGUAACAAAAAGGUGACACAUAUGGGAAAGCACCAUCCGUAUCCUGAUCACCCAGAGAGAUUUGAGCACUGUGGAGAGGUGCUGUGUAGAGAGGGUCUGACUGGGCGCUGUUACUGGGAGGUAGAGUGGAGUGGGAGAGGAGAGAAAGAGUGGUAUGGGAGAAGGGUUGAUAUAGGAGUGACAUAUAAAGGAAUCAGCAGGAGAGGAGAGGGUGAUGACUGUUGGCUUGGAUUCAAUGACAAGUCCUGGAGUCUGCGCUGCUCUGACAACAGUUACUAUGCCAGGCACAAUAAUAAUUCCACUACCAUAGACGUCUCCUCCUUCAGCUCCCACAGAGUAGGAGUGUAUCUGGACUGGCCAGCCGGCACUCUGUCCUUCUAUAGAGCCUCCUCUGACACACUGACCCAUCUGCACACAUUCCACACCACAUUCACUGAACCCCUCUAUCCAGGGUUUCAUCUUUGGGGUUCUGGUGUCUCAGCGUCCUUUUGUCAGGUGAAUCUGAGUAACAAUGACUUGAAGGAUUCAGGACUGGAGCUGCUCUCUGCUGGACUGGGGAAUCCCCACUGUAAACUGGAGACUCUGAGUGUGGAACAUGGUGGAGAGAACACAAUGAAACCUGGACUUAGAAAAUAUGCCUGUGAUCUCACACUGGACUCAAACACAGUAUUCAGAUACUGCUUUCUGUCUGAGGGUAACAAAAAGGUGACACAUAUGGGAAAGUACCAUCCGUAUCCUGAUCACCCAGAGAGAUUUGAGCACUGUGGAGAGGUGCUGUGUAGAGAGGGUCUGACUGGGCGCUGUUACUGGGAGGUAGAGUGGAGUGGGGGAGAGGCUGAUAUAGGAGUGACAUAUAAAGGAAUCAGCAGGAGAGAAGGGGGUGAUGACUGUUGGCUUGGAUUCAAUGUCAAGUCCUGGAGUCUGCGCUGCUCUGACAACCGUUUCACUGCCUGGCAGAAUAAGAAUUCCACUACCAUAGACGUCCCCCCCUCCAACUCCCACAGAGUAGCAGUGUAUCUGGACUGGCCAGCCGGCACUCUGUCCUUCUAUAGAGCCUCCUCUGACACAUUGACCCACCUGUACACAUUCACCUCCACAUUCACUGAGCCCCUCUAUCCAGGGUUUCAUCUUUUCGGUUCUGGUGUCUCAGUGUCCCUGUGUCAGGUGUUUCCAAUGUCAAACACAACAUGAUGUUUCACUCUAAUCACUCUUAUCCAGGGUGUUUGGUAUGAAUAUCUCUCUAGUGUGUAAACCCCUCUAUCCAGGGUGUUUGGUAUGAAUAUCUCUCUAGUGUGUUAACCCCUCUAUCCAGGGUGUUUGGUAUGAAUAUCUCUCUAGUGUGUUAACCCCUCUAUCCAGGGUGUUUGGUAUGAAUAUCUCUCUAGUGUGUUAACCCCUCUAUCCAGGGUGUUUGGUAUGAAUAUCUCUCUAGUGUGUUAACCCCUCUAUCCAGGGUGUUUGGUAUGAAUAUCUCUCUAGUGUGUAAACCCCUCUAUCCAGGGUGUGUGGUAUGAAUAUCUCUCUAGUGUGUAAACCCCUCUAUCCAGUGUAUGACUCCUCUUCAGUGUCCCUGUGUCAGGUGGUCCCUGUGUCAGGUGGUCCCUGUGUCAGGUGGUCCCUGUGUCAGGUGGUCCCUGUGUCAAACACAACAUGAUGAUUCAAUCUAUUCUUAUGUGUUUAUUUAACUAGACAAGUCAGUUAAGAACAAAUUCUUAUUUUACAAUGACUGCCAAACCCUCCCCUAACCCAGACAAUGCUGGGCCAAACCCUCCCCUAACCCAGACGAUGCUGGGCCAAACCCUCCCCUAACCCAGACAAUGCUGGGCCAAACCCUCCCCUAACCCAGACGAUGCUGGGCCAAACCCUCCCCUAACCCAGACGAUGCUGGGCCAAACACUCCUCUAACCCAGACGAUGCUGGGCCAAUUGUGUUGCCUUUGGGACUCCCGAUCAUUAUUAUAUCGGUUGAGAUACAGCCUGGGAAUGAACCAGGGUCUGUAGUGACACCUCUAGCUCUGGGAUGCUGUGCCUUAGACCGCUGCGCCACUCAGGAGCACUUGGGUGUGUUACCCUUAACUUACCAGUCAUUUAUUGAUGUAAUGGAACACUAAGUCAAAGUUGUUCAUUAGUGGUCAGAAGUGGAUGAGAUGCCAACAUAUUUGUCUCUCAUACAUCCCACUUAUACUCGGCCCACUUACUCACCCACACACGUAGAGGGUGGAGACUUGGAGCACAGUGUCGAAAAACUCAACUCGUUGUGUUUGGAGGACAAAGAAUGCUGAGUUGCAUCCAAAUAACACCAUACAUACUGUGAAGCAUGGGGGUGGAAACAUCAUGCUUUGGGGCUGUUUUUUUGCAAAGGGACCAGGACGACUGAUCCGUGUAAAGGAAAGAAUGAAUGGGGCCAUGUAUCGUGAGAUUUUGAGUGAAAACCUCCUUCCAUCAGCAAGGGCAUUGAAGAUGAAACGUGGCUGGGUCUUUCAGCAUGACAAUGAUCCCAAACACACCGCCCGGGCAACGAAGGAGUGGCUUCGUAAGAAGGAUUUCAAGGUCCUGGAGUGGCCUAGCCAGUCUCCAGAUCUCAACCCCAUAGAAAAUCUUUGGAGGGAGAUGAAAGUCCGUGUUGCCCAGCAACAGCCCCAAAACAUCACUGCUCUAGAGGAGAUCUGCAUGGAGGAAUGGGCCAAAAUACCAGCAACAGUGUGUGAAAACCUUGUGAAGACUUACAGAAAACGUUUGACCUCUGUCAUUGCCAACAAAGGGUAUAUAACAAAGUAUUGAGAUAAACUUUUGUUAUUGACCAAAUACUUAUUUUCCACCAUAAUUUGCAAAUAAAUUCAUUAAAAAUCCUACAAUGUGAUUUUCUGGAUUUUUUUCCCUCAUUUUGUCUGUCAUAGUUGAAGUGUACCUAUGAUGACAAUUA